AUGGCACAAGCCGAUACAAGAAACGAAGUAGCAGAGCGCAUUGGAUACAUCACACGAGUCCAGAAUUUUAGCGCGUGCCACCGAUUGCACAGGUACCAGUGCAAUCAUUUUCUAUCUUUUUUGUUGUUGUUGAAUAGGACGACGCAAUAGGCAGCUUAAUGCAGGGUUGCGAGACGAGUGCAAGAUGGAAAGCAUUCUGUUAUUAUUUUGUUUCCAGUGAGCCGUUUUAUUUGAUAGAAGGAAGAGUUUUAACGCCACUAAACGAAACUGGAAUGAAGUAAAACGUGUUGCGUCAAUCUCGGAAGCUCAUGGGAUCUGUAGUUCUAUUGUAGAGACAGCUAAGCCAUCAACUUCUUAAAAUGUUUAAACGUUUUUAUUAUCUAUUUUUGUUUAAUUGAAACCUCAUGUAUUGUAUUGUUGUCACUCCAGCCCGACAUUGAGUGAUGAGGUAAACAAGAGGAUAUUUGGGAAGUGUAACAAUCCCAAUGGCCAUGGACACAACUACAAAGGUCAGUCAUUCUCCAAGGUCUCAUCCAAACCAAUUCUGUUGUCAGUUAUUGUCUGAUUCACAGUUGGCCAAUAGGUUACAUAGCUAGCCAGUUCCAUAACUUCAAACCGGGUCCAACCCAAUGUUUAUCAAAGGCUCUGUUGUCUUUUCUUUUUGUAGUAGAGGUGACAGUACGGGGAAAGGUAAGUCCCACCUGAGACUCUCCGUACUCCAAUAUCCAUAAUGACACCACUUACCAAACAUUAUUGCCAUGGUUGCUACUGUUUGAAACACACCAGUAAAUCACAUGACACUCUCAUGAUAUGAAAGCAGUCUGCCUCCUGGGUAAUGGAUGUUGGACACACACACACACACACACACACACACACAGUCACAGAGCUUCUCUUUGUCCAUCCCCAGAUCGAUCGUCACACAGGCAUGGUGAUGAACCUUACAGAUCUGAAGCAGCACAUCGAGGUGAGACCCUCCCUUUCUUCCAGGCCUGGAUUUGACUUUUUGAUUUACAGCUAAGGCUAUGCUUUGACAGCGUAGGCUGCUAGACUAUUAAUUUCUUAAUUCAUUCAUUUCACAUGUAAAGCACAUUAUAGGGAAUAAGGAAAAUAAUGCAUUAAUUUAUUACUGUGUUAUUUACAAACUCAUGUAUAAUCCUGAUACAGGAAGUCAUCAUGAUUCCGUUGGACCAUAAAAAUCUGGAUAAGGACGUCCCAUACUUUGCCAAUGUUGUCAGGUGUGUGCCCCUCCCUACUGGACUGUAGCCUUAUGUUUAUGGGUAACGGGUGGAUUUUCAGUUCGGAGCACGUGAUUCAGAGUUUCCAUGGUUUUAACUGUUUUGUCUGCUGUGCAGCACAACCGAAAACGUGGCUGUAUAUAUCUGGGACAACAUGGUCAAGCAGCUACCAGCCAAUCUUCUCUACGAGGUCAAGAUUCACGAGACUGACAAGAACAUUGUUAUUUAUCGAGGAGAAUAG